ACGGACCCCGAUGGCUUCCACGCACGCUUCGCAGCCUUCAAAAAAAACGGUGGCCGCUCAAGUGCCUUUUGCGGAUCUGUGUGCUACUCUGGAGCGAAUGCAGACGUGUAAGCCUCGUCCGGAGAAAACCAAGUAUUUCAAGGAUUUUCUGGACUCCUGGAGAAAAUUCCACGGUGCUCUUCAUCAGAAGGAGAAGGACGUCACAGAUUCUUUUUAUCCAGCUAUGCGACUUAUUCUUCCGCAGUUGGAAAGAGAAAGGAUGGCAUACGGAAUUAAAGAAACUAUGCUUGCGAAGCUGUAUAUUGAACUGCUUAAUUUACCAAAAGAUGGAAAAGAUGCUGCAAAGCUGUUAAACUAUAGGACACCUGCUGGCUCACGUGGAGAUACUGGAGAUUUUGCAAUGAUCGCAUACUUUGUGUUAAAACCUAGGAGCCCGAAACAAGGCAGACUGACAAUAGAACAAGUCAAUGAACACUUGGAUGCGAUAGCUAAUAAUAAUGCUGCUAAAAACAAGGGUCUGUUAAAGAAAAGUCUUCUUCAGUUAAUUACCCAGAGCACAGCACUGGAACAGAAAUGGCUCAUCCGCAUGAUUAUAAAGGAUCUGAAGCUUGGAGUUAGUCAACAAACUAUACUUUCCAUUUUUCAUCCUGACGCUCUUGAAUUACACAAUGUCACAACUGAUUUGGAAAAAGUUUGCAGACAACUGCAUGAUCCCAACGUCUCACUUAGUGAUGUUUCUAUCACAUUGUUUUCUGCCUUUAAACCAAUGCUUGCUGCUAUUGCUGAUGUCCAGCAAAUCGAGAAACAAAUGAAUAACCAGAUAUUCUACAUAGAAACUAAGCUGGAUGGUGAGCGUAUGCAGAUGCACAAAGAUGGAGAUGUGUAUAAAUAUUUUUCCCGAAAUGGGUUUGACUAUACUCAGCAGUUCGGCGCUUCCCCCCUUGAUGGUUCAUUAACACCAUUUAUUCAUAAUGUAUUUAAGAGCAAUAUACAAAAUUGCAUUCUCGAUGGUGAAAUGAUGGCUUACAAUCCUGAGACACAAACCUUUAUGCAAAAAGGAAACAGAUUCGACAUAAAAAGAAUGGUGGAGGACUCUGAUCUGCAGACCUGCUUCUGUGUGUUCGAUGUAUUGAUGGUUAAUGAUCAGAAGUUGGGGCACGAAGUACUAAGCAAAAGAUAUGAAAUCUUAAGUAGCGUAUUUACUGCGGUAACGGGCAGGAUACAUGUUGUACAGAAAAAAAGUGCCAGAACAAGAAAAGAAGUAAUUGAUGCUUUAAAUGAAGCAAUAGAUAACAGAGAGGAAGGGAUUAUGGUGAAAGAUCCCAUGUCCACCUACAAGCCUGACAAACGUGGGGAAGGCUGGUUAAAAAUCAAGCCAGAAUAUGUCAAUGGACUGAUGGAUGAACUAGACCUUUUAAUUGUUGGUGGUUACUGGGGGAAGGGCUCACGUGGUGGAAUGAUGUCUCAUUUUCUGUGCGCUAUUGCAGAGACGCCCCCUCCAAAUGAAAGACCUACCAUUUUCCGCUCUUUUUGUCGUGUUGGCUCUGGCUAUACUAUGAAGGAAUUGUAUGAUUUAGGUUUGAAACUGGCUAAACACUGGAAGCCCUACCAUAGGAAGGACCCUCCCUCUAACAUCUUGUGUGGAACUGAAAAACCUGAAAUGUACAUUGAACCUUGCAACUCUGUCAUCGUUCAGAUCAGGGCAGCUGAGAUUGUUAACAGUGAUGUGUACAAAACUGACUGUACUUUGAGAUUCCCCCGAAUUGAGAAGAUAAGAGAGGACAAAGAAUGGUACGAGUGCAUGACUUCAGACAUGUUAGAAGAUCUCAGAAGCAAAGCAGAAGGGAAGCUGGCAUCUAAGCACCUUCAUAUGGAUGCAUAUGAUGAGCCACAAGAGAAAAAAAGGAAAACUGUAUCAAAGGUGAAGAAGGUGAUUGGAAUAGCUGAGCAAUUUAAAGCUCCUGAUCUUUCUGGUGUAAACAAGGUUUCAAAUGUAUUUGAAGAUGUUGAGUUUUGUGUUAUGACGGGAACAGGCAAGUACUCAAAGUCUGAACUGGAAAGCAGAAUAGCCGAAUGUGGUGGCAGUGUGGUACAGAACCCGGGGCCAGAGACUUACUGUGUCAUUGUAGGAGCUGAGAAUGUCAGAGUGAAAAACAUCAUUGCUUCCAACAAAUACGACGUGGUGAGGGCAGAGUGGCUCCUUCAGUGUUUUCAAACCAAAAAGCUGGUGCCUUGGCAACCGGCCUUUAUGAUUCACAUGUCUCCUGACACAAAAGAACAUUUUGCUUGUGAGUAUGAUUGUUAUGGAGACAGCUACACAGCAGACACAGAUGUUGCACAACUCAAGGAAGUGUUCUCAAGAAUGAAAGACACUAAGGUGAUGCCUUUGGACAUGAUUACAGAGUUAGAAGAGCAUUAUUCGUGGAACAGCUGUCAGCUCAGUAUAUUCAGAGGAAACACUAUUUAUGUGGACUGUUAUGCUGUUGUUAAUGAGCCCAGAACCAAAAUCCAUGGAACAACACUAUCAGUUAGGGCUUUGGAGCUCCGUUUUUAUGGUGCAAAAGUAGUCUCUCACCUUGAAGAGGGUGUCUCCCAUGUUGUUAUAGGAGAAGAUCGUUCCCGGGUACAAGAGAUGAAAGCACUCAGAAGAACAUUUGGGAAAAAAUUUAAAAUUGUAUCUGAACUGUGGGUAACACAGUCAGUGGAGGGAGGAGUCCUGAAGAAUGAAAAUCAGUACUUAAUUUAAAAUAGUUUUUAAGCUUGGAGCAAAAGCAUUCUUGUUGGCAUGAUUGGACUUGGAUAUUAUGAGGUUACCUUACAUUUUUUGUGUGUUUUCAUGUCUAUUUAGAGCUGGCUCUGGCUAAAGGAUAACACUGUGUUGUUGAAAUCGGAGGAAGGCUUUUAAUUAUACUGUUGCGGAAGCAAGAGGAUGCUAAGCUCUUGGAGAAGAAAAAAAAAAUACCACAAGAUAAAUAAUGUAAGCCUUUUACUUCACAAACAGGUCUCAGGAGAGAUCUAAUAUUUUAUAUAAGAGAAUUCCUAGCUUUUAAUAGUGCUUGCCUCCAUUGUUCAAAAUGGAGACAAUAAUUUACUGUUUUAUGGAGAUUCUCCUAUUUAAAAUACUGCUUAUUUAUCAAUUUACAAUCACAUUCAUGUUUUUGUGGAAUUGUUUUGUGUAUAUUCCAUACGCUAUAGAAUUCAGUAACUUAUAAACCUUGUCCGUACUAUUUUAAUUUGUUUGCAUUGGUUUUAGCAUUACGCCCCGCACAGCCUCAGUAGCGCUUCGGUUUUAGGAUAUUGCAUUGAUCUCAUGUUUCUUUGUGUAAAUAAUGGUUGUAAAAUAGAAUCUAAACUUCUGAUUGAGGUGCUGAUGAAUUAGUAGUGACCUAUAUAUCUGUAAAAUACAAAGCAGUUACUUAAAAACUGUAAUGACCUCCUGUGCUCAUUACAGUUGCAGUUAAACUGCAAAGUGUG